AUGAUGAAUGUAGUAAACCAACAAAAAUUACGCCAACAACAACAACAAAAAUCCGCAUUGAAUAAUUGCAAAAAAUCUGCUCCGAAAAUUUCACGUCGAUCUAAACAAUUACCAUUAUGUGAGGAUGACGGUGCUGCCACUGCCAGUGCUGAUCAUGUGGAUGACGUCGAUGACGGGGAUGAGGAUGGUGAAGAUGAUGAGGAUGAGGAUGAUGAAUCACAUUUGAAUGUAACGCUGAAUACUCUUCAACCGGAAUAUAAUGAUGGUGAUCAUGAUCAUGGUCAUCUGAUAAAGAAAAACUUUUCAGGACGAGGAGACCAGCUGAAAGACGAUCAAGAAAGCAUAAUAGUCCUAGUGUAA